UAAAUUCUUAUAUGUAAGUAUAUAGUAAUUUUUUUUAUACAUAUUUAUUUAAUUGAAGUCUGAUAACAAAAUAGGUAAAUAAAUCUGAUAUCUACUAGCAAUUGUAUCACACACUUAAAGGUGCUUCAUUGACGUCUCAUACAAUUCAUAAGUAACCAUAGCAACAAUAUUUACACAUCACUCACUAUAAUUUCUUCUUGAAUAUUUUACUCAAAUGUAAUAAUAAGUUAGAAAAAUGAAUACAUUAAGCAAAUCUCAGAUUAUUAUUCACAGGGAGAAGUCUGUAAAUUAUCAGUUGAAAGAUUGUCAAUGGAUUCACAACUCAGCCAAGUUCACAGCUGUUGGUGGCAAACCAAACUUGAAAGGUGUUAUAAAUAUUUAUACAUUGGAUGAUAAUGAUAUUCAAACUAUUCAAGAGUAUGAGAAAUCAGUUGCCAUUGAAUGUGCUACUUUUCAAGCAAGUUCUAGUAAUAAAAGACACUUGGCAGUUGGAAACUAUGAAGGUGGCUUAGAAAUUGUGGACUUGGAGUAUUCAGCCAAGUCACUCUAUUCUGUAAAAGCUCACCAAGGACUUAUUUAUUGUAUUGAUGGUAUUGGUGGGCUUGGAAUUGGAUGCGGAGCCCCUGAAUUAGUGACAGGUGGGAAGGACGGUUCAGUCAAAAUAUGGGAUCCAAGAGAAAAACUACCAGUUGCAAAAAUGGAAACUGCAAUCGGUGCUACAAAGCGAGAUUGUUGGACAGUGGCAUUUGGAAAUGCCUACAAUUCAGAAGAACGAAUCGUUUGUGCUGGUUAUGAUAACGGUGACAUAAAAAUGUUAGACUUAAGAGCAAUGGCAUUACGCUGGGAAACCAAUGUUUCAAAUGGAGUUUGUAGUUUAGAAUUUGAUAGAAGAGACAUUAAAAUGAAUAAACUAAUAGCCACAACAAUUGAAUCACAUUUUUAUGUAUUUGAUAUUAAAGUUCAACAUCCUACAAAAGGUUUUGGUUACAUAAAAAAUAAUGUACACAAGCAUACUAUUUGGACUGUCAGACAUCUACCACAAAAUCGAGAAAUAUUUACUACUACUGGAGGAAAUGGUUCAAUAUACUUAUGGAAAUAUAUGUAUCCUGAAGACAGAUAUAAAACUGAAUCUGAUGGUGACAAGAUAACAAAUCCAGGCAAAUUACAAUUAAUUCAAAAUCAGUUAAUAUCAACACAACCAAUCAAUAAUUUUCGAUGGUGUCCCAGUAAAUUAGGUCUAGCAUUGUGUACAUCAUUUGAUCAAAACAUUAGGCUAUUAAUUUUAACAAAACUCAACUUGUAUUAAGCUCAUUACUAUCAUUAAUCUAAUAUUUUUUUUAAUAUAAUAUCUCUUUCUUGUAUUACUUGUUUAUGAAG